CCUCCGCCACCACACUGGCACGUUUCUGUUUUUGGAGCAUUCAGUUUGAAUGUGGUUUCGUGCGUUUUUGAGUGCUUCCAAAUCCACAAAAGUCAUUUUCGCGAUAGCUGGAAGUAAACCUAAAGUUAUUUCACAACGGUUCGAUUUACGGAGUCGCGACAGUCGCUUCCUUUCUGCACACUGUAGUCGCGCGUUUUCACGAUACAUGUCCAGUGAGGCAAAGAGGAUCUGCUCUGAAAACAUGACUGGUAAAAAGAUCGGGACCCAUAACGGUACAUUUCACUGCGAUGAAGUUCUAGCCUGUUUCUUCCUCCGGCAGCUGCCUGAGUACAAGGAUGCAGAGAUCGUUCGAACCCGGGAGCCGGCACAACUGGCAGAAUGCGACAUUGUCGUGGAUGUUGGAGGAGAAUUUGACCCAAAGAGGCAUCGCUAUGACCAUCAUCAGAGGACUUUCUCUGAGACUUUCAACAGCCUCCAUCCAGAGAAGCCGUGGGUGACCAAGCUGAGCUCCGCCGGACUGAUCUACGUCCACUUUGGCCGUCGGCUCCUCGCCCAGCUGACCCAGCUCAAGGAGGACGACAGGCAGCUGGAGAUGCUGUAUGACAAGCUGUAUGAGCACUUUGUGGAGGAGGUGGAUGCUGUCGACAACGGCAUCUCACAGUAUGACGGGGAGGCCCGCUACGCCGUGUCUACCACGCUGAGCGCACGUGUCGGCCACCUGAAUCCUCGCUGGAACAGCAGCAGUCAAGACACUGAGGAGGCUUUCAAGAAGGCUCUGACGUUGGUCGGAGCGGAGUUCCUGGACCGUCUGGAUUUCUACAAGUCUUCAUGGCUGCCGGCUCGAGCGCUUGUGGAGGAAGCCGUGAAACAGAGACAUCAGAUCGAUCCCAGCGGGGAGGUGGUGCUGCUCUCUCAGGGCGGGUGUCCGUGGAAGGAGCACUUGUUCGCUCUGGAGAAGGAGUUCCAGGUGGAGACGCCCAUCAAGUUUGUCCUGUACGCAGACCAGAACGGACAGUGGAGGGUUCAGUGUGUCCCUGCUGGGCUCCACACCUUCCAGAACAGGCUGUCCCUGCUGGAAGAGUGGCGCGGCGUUCGAGAUGAGGCGCUGUCGCAGCUCAGCGGGAUUAAGGGCUGCGUCUUCGUCCACGCCGGAGGCUUUAUUGGCGGGAACAAGACCCAGGAAGGCGCCCUGGAGAUGGCCCGGAGGACCCUGCAGGCCGCCGGCCGGUCCCCAGCAAACGGAAGCAGUUGAGGGGUUGGAAAGGGCAAGCAAACAACACGUUUUGUUCUGUGUCGAGGGAGAGAAGCGAGGACUGAGAUGUUGGAUCGCUAUUAUGCCGGGUGCUAAUGUUCUGUUCUGCCGUGCGAGAGUUGGGGGAGGUAUGGAAAUGGCAGCCAAGUAAGAUCGGAUCAGCUCCUAAAUACCAAUAUGCCAACGCAGACUCCCUCCGGGUUUUCCUGUUGACUCACGUUCCUCGUCUCUCUACCUGCUCUUAUAAAUGUCUGUUUGGAUUUCCAUUUGCAAUAAAAGACUCAUUUGGAUCACAUCCUGAUCUUU